AUGAACGUCCUCAAGCUCCAGAAGCGAUUCCCGCAGCUGGACCAGGGCGAGAUUUUCUCCCUCCAGGAUGCAUUCCGCAGGUUGGACGUCGAUGACCGCGGCUACCUAGACGAGGCCUCCGCAAUCAAGGCUACUCAGCAAUCCGAGCGCCAGCCAUACGAUGUGGUGCGCCAGGCUCUGAAGGGCGUGGAGCUCGAUAGCUCCCGUCGUGUCGAGCUCGAGGACUAUAUUGAUCUUGUUGCGCGACUCCGCUCAGGACCGGCCCCCGGUGCCAGUGCUGCGAGCCCCGCGGCUGUGAUUCAAGGAGCUGGAGCCGGCGCAGGCGCGGGCCCGGGUGGAGCCCGCCAUGUCUCCAAGGGCAGCGUCGGUGGUGGUCGCAUUCACGUCCAGGGUUCCUCCGCAAACGUUACCCACACUAUUAACGAGGAUGAGCGAACCGAAUUCACGAGACACAUCAAUGCGGUCCUGGCCGGCGACCCCGAUAUUGGCGACAUGUUGCCCUUCCCCACCGAUACCUUCGAGAUGUUCGACAAGUGCAAGGACGGUUUGGUCCUGGCCAAGCUGAUCAACGACAGCGUACCGGAUACUAUCGAUGAGCGCGUGUUGAACAAGGCCGGCAAGAAGAUCAAGCAAUUGAACGCUUUCCACAUGACGGAGAACAACAACAUUGUGAUCAACUCCGCUAAGGGCAUUGGCUGUUCCGUGGUCAACAUUGGCAGCGGAGACAUCAUUGAGGUCCGUGAGCACUUGAUUCUGGGUCUGAUCUGGCAGGUCAUUCGCCGUGGUCUGCUGGGCAAGAUCGAUAUUAAGCUCCACCCCGAGCUGUACCGUUUGUUGGAGGAGGAUGAGACUCUGGAGCAGUUCCUGCGUCUUCCCCCAGAGCAGAUCCUGCUCCGCUGGUUCAACUAUCACCUUAAGAACGCCAAGUGGGAGCGACGGGUGACGAACUUCUCCACUGACGUGAAGGAUGGUGAGAAUUAUACGGUUCUUCUGAACCAGCUGGCUCCCGAUGUCUGCUCCCGCAGCCCCCUCCAGACUCGAGACCUGCUUCAGCGUGCUGAGGAGGUCCUCACCAACGCCGAGAAGCUGGAUUGCCGCAAGUUCUUGACCCCAACCUCCCUGGUCGCCGGAAACCCGAAGCUUAACCUUGCUUUCGUUGCCAACCUCUUCAACACCCACCCUGGAUUGGAUCCCAUUACCGAGGAGGAGAAGCUCGAGGUGGAAGAUUUCGAUGCCGAGGGUGAGCGCGAGGCUCGUGUCUUCACUCUCUGGCUGAACUCUUUGGAUGUGCAGCCCGCCGUCAACUCGCUCUUCGAUGAUCUGCGUGAUGGUAAUAUUCUGCUCCAGGCUUAUGACAAGGUGAUUCCGGGCAGCGUGAACUGGAGGCAUGUUAACAAGCCCCCCGCGUCCGGAGGCGAGUUGAUGCGAUUCAAGGCAGUGGAGAACACCAACUACUCCAUCGAGCUUGGAAAGCACCACGGGUUCUCCUUGGUCGGUGUGCAGGGUGCUGAUAUUACUGACGGCCAACGUACGCUUACUCUGGGCCUGGUUUGGCAGUUGAUGCGUCGUGAUAUUACUCGUACCCUGUCUGCGCUGGCCCAGCGCCUGGGCAAGCGUGAGAUUACCGACGCAGAGAUGAUUCGCUGGGCGAACGACAUGUCGAAGAGUGGUGGCCAGACGAGUGCCAUCCGCAGCUUCAAGGACCCGUCCAUCGGCACUGGUCGCUUCCUGUUGGAUGUGCUGAACGGCAUGAAGAGCAGCUACGUGGACUACGACUUGGUUACCCCUGGCCGGUCCGACGAGGAGGCUUAUGCCAAUGCUAAGCUCAGCAUCAGUAUUGCCAGAAAGAUGGGUGCCACCAUUUGGCUGGUGCCGGAGGAUAUUUGCCAAGUGCGCUCUCGCCUGGUGACUACUUUCAUUGGUUCCCUCAUGGCGACGCACGAGAAAAUGUAA